AUGAAUCUGUAUCAGCUAGUUUUUGGUAAAUCUUGCCAUCUACCAGUUGAAUUGGAACACAAAGCAUUAUGGGCAUUGAAAUCUCUAAAUCUGGACUGGACAAAGACUUCAAAGGAGAGAGUAGAGCAGAUAAAUGAGUUGGUCGAAUUCAGGUUCAAGGCUUACGAAAGUUCAGCCCUUUACAAGGAAAAUAUGAAGAAAUGGAAUGAUUCUAAAAUCCUUAAAAGGGAGUUCAGAGUGGGAGACUGGGUAUUACUAUAUAACUCUCGACUUAGACUCUUUCCGAGAAAGCUCAAGUCCAAAUGGUCAAGGCCAUUUAGAGUGACGCGAGUGUUCACAAAUGGUACCAUCGAAGUUGAAGGUCAAGAAGGACCUGUAUUCAAGGCGCAAGAUCUUGUGCGAGAAAAAGAUGCUAUUGGCAGAUCGCCGAAUCCAUUCGGCGAGCACGAUAUAGUCCUCCUUAUGGACUUAAAAAAUGGAGCUAAGAUACUGGAAUAUUCGGCGGGAGACCUUCACCACUCGGCGAAUCGUUGA